AUGAGUAACCCGUACCAACAACAACAGCCCUACCUGGCUAACAACCAGGGGUCGUAUGAAAUGAGUGAUAUUGGCAACGGUCGUAACACCAACUACAGCAACUACGCCAACAACAAUAGUGCUGCCACAAAGCAAUAUUCGUCUUCAAACGAGGAUGAUUUCGUCCAAUUUAUGAAUGAAAUCCAGGAUAUCAACUCACAAUUGGACAACUACUCUAACAUAAUCAACUUAAUUGACAACAAACAAAAGAGCUUUUUGUACAAUAUCGACUUGAACGAUGAAGACACUGAGUACAGCUCCCAGCAAAUUGAUAGUUUGGUUGCUGAAGCACAAUCAUUGCAACUAGAUUUGAAGGCAAGAAUAAAGAGUGCCCAAGUUGAAGCGGUACAUUCUAAAGACCAAACCAAGGUUGAUCAAGCUGAAACUUGUAGAAAGAGAUUUUUAGACCUUAUUCAAGAUUAUAGAUUAGUUGAAGCCAGGAACAAGGAGUCUUCGAAAGAGCAGGCCGCUAGACAAUAUCAAAUUAUAAAACCUGAUGCUACUCAAGAAGAGAUCAGAGCUGUGGUUGAGGAUGGAUCACAGCAAUAUUUCCAACAAGCUUUGAUGCAAAGCAACAGAAGAGGCGAAGCACGUUCAGUAUUGAGUGAAGUUCAAGUAAGACACAGGGAACUUUUGAAAUUGGAAAAGACAAUGGCUGAAUUGACGCAAUUGUUCCACGAUAUGGAAGAGUUGGUCAUUGAACAAGAUCAACCAAUCCAGCAAAUUGAAGAACAAGUUGGAGGCGCUCAGCACGAUAUAGAACAAGGUGUGGGACAUACCAACAAGGCAGUCAAGAGCGCCAAAGCAGCCAGAAAGAAGAAGAUUUGGUGUUUGGUUAUCGUUAUCAUUAUUAUUAUUAUUCUUGCUGCUGUUCUUGGUGGUUACUUUGGAUCCAAGUAA